AUGGUCAUUGGUGGUGACCCAGAGAGGUUCUUUCAAGUAGGGGCUCAGCUGCCUCUUCAAGAGAAGGAGGAGCUGAUAGAGUUUCUCAAAAGAAACAUUAACGUAUUUGCAUGGGAUGCCUGCGAUGCCCCAGGGAUUGAUCCAGCCUUCAUCUAUCACCAUCUCAAUGUCAACCCGUCUGUCACUCCCGAGAAGCAGCCACCUCGUUGCCCAUCAAGAGAGCAUGCCGAUGCGAUUAGGGACGAAGUGGCGAAGCUUAAGCGUGUAAGGGCUAUCAAAGAGAUCAAGGCUAUUAAUGAUUUAAAACCACCGCAAAACGCCAAGGAGGUCCAAAAGCUUACUGGAAUGAUCGCAGCCCUGAAUCGAUUCAUUUCCAGGUCAGCGGAUAGAUGUAAACCAUUCUAUCUCUUGAUCAAGAAGUGGAAAGGAUUUGAGUGGUUCGAGGACUGUAUUGUGGCCUUCCAGCAACUCAAGGAAUACCUAUCCCGGCCACCUAUCAUGUUCAGUCCUGAGACCGACGAAGUCCUAUACGCAUAUAUUGCUGUGACCCCUCAUGCUGUAAGCUUGGUGCUAAUACGGGAUGAUAAUGGCCUUCAAAAGCCGGUCUAUUAUGUGAGCAAGUCGCUACAUGAAGCUGAGGUCAGAUACUUACCCUUGGAGAAAGCCAUACUAGCUGUGGUCUAUGCCACGCGAAAGCUUGCCCAUUAUUUCCAAGCCCACACAGUGGUUGUCCUAACCCAACUACCCUUGAAGUCCGUACUUCGGACCGCUGAUUACACCGGAAGGAUUGCUAUAUGGAGCACAAUUCUGGGGGCUUUUGACAUCAAGUACAUGCCUCGGACCUCCAUAAAGGGCCAGGUCCUAGCUGACUUGGUGGCCGAAUUUGCUGAACCACCAGUAGAAAUAGUAGCAGAGGAGCGCAACAUGGAUGGAAAACCGGUUGGAGUAAUCUCUACUCCAGGACCCCCAUGUUGGAAGGUGUACGUUGACGACGCAGCAAAUCAAAGGGGAUUCGGAGUGGGGCUAGUCCUAGUAUCUCUUGAGAAGACUAUCAUAGAGAAGUCCCUGAGACUUGGGUUCUCAACCAUGAAUAACGAAACCGAAUAUGAGGCCUUGUUACAAGGAAUGGCCAUGGUGCAGAAAAUGGGUGGAAAAGUAGUAGAGAUGUUUUCGGACUCGAGAUUAGUAGUGGGCCAGGUAAAGGGAGAGUUAGAAGCCAGAGAUGCGAGGAUGCAAGAGUACUUAAGCCAAGUCAAACGCUUGCAGUCAGACUUCGAUCUUUUCAACCUGUCACACAUCUCUAGAAGUGGAAACACUCAUGCAGAUUCAUUGGCCACGCUAGCUACCUCCUUGGCAAGGGGUCUGCCUCGAAUUAUUCUUGUCAAGCAUCUGGAUAGAGUAAAUGAGGUUGCAAAAGGCAUGGUCCAUAUCCAUGAAGUUAGAGUGGGUCCUAGCUGGAUGGACCCUAUAGUGAGGUUCCUCAAAGAUGAUAUCCUGCCCGAGGAGAAGUUAGAGGCUGAAAAAAUACGAAGAAACGCUCCUCGGUUCUGGUUGUCCGAGGACCACAAAUUGUAUAAGCGCUCCUAUUCAGGGCCAUAUUUACUGUGUAUUCACCCUGAAGCAUCAGAAUUACUGCUUGAAGAGCUACACGAAGGGAUUUGUGGGAGUCACACAGGAAGAAGAUCUCUGUCACACCGAGCCAUUACCUAG